GACUUCACUCUGUGGGGAUGGGAAUUCAAGCCGAAAAACGACGAGACGGUGAGAUUCCAUUCGAUCUCCGUCAACGAAGAGACAGGACUUCAGUCCGUUCGGAGCCCGCCCUCGCGUGCCUUUACAGUCGCAUUUGACAAGGCCAAUCUCUAUGCCACGUUUACAAGACUGAAUGCCUGGGCGAUGGAGACGCUGCAAAGCCCGCAAGCCAUCCAACAAUGGCUUCGCAGUCUCUUUCCUCACAAUCAGCCCUCAUGGGUUGCCUCGGCGAUCGACAGUCUGUGGCAAUUCUCAUACCAGAGUGGGAUCUUCCAGAAGGAGGCGCCCCCCGGCAGGGGGAGGGAACCGAAUGUUAUCUUGCUGAAGGCGUGGAAGAUGGCCAUGCUUGUAGUGGCAUUGACCAAUUUGAUCUAUAUCCCCUCUGACGCCGGUGCUUCGAUCACCCAACACCUGCAAUGGGGCCCAACGCAUAACGCGAGCGAUCGGAUCUCCUCGCGGCUGACAAACAAGAUCAUCAAGUUCGUGCUGCUGGCACACUACGGGCGGCUGGUGGACGAGGUCCUCGAGGGGCUGGACUAUCUUCUGCGAAACCAGGGCCAGUGGAAGCACGCCUUCGGGGUGACCCUGCUGUGUGUGUUGGUGAGCGGGCGGAUGCAGGAAGCCCAGACGGACAACAUGCUCGUGGCGCGGCGGCAUGGGGAGGACAUCCGGGCGACGACGCGGGCGGCGGUGCAGGAACUGGAACAGGGCAUCACGACGGUGACCAAUCUGUUCCAUCUGAAGUACCGGACGGUCCGGGGGGCGAGUUCGGCGCAGAACCCUUUCCGCCCGGGGUCGACGCUGGUGAAGGAGGAUCCUCACCUCCAAGCGCUCAUCCAGCAGAUCGAGGGAGCACGCCGGCAAUGGAGUCCAAGUAGGUAGUCCGGUGCCCGCCAUGGACACUCGACGACAUGACCGAGGAGAAAUUUGCGGCCUUGAACCUUUCGCGGCUGCUGGAUGGGUUUCUGACCCCGUUCUUCCACAAGCCACCUGGGCCGAAACGGCGAUAACUGGGAUGAAAAUAGGUACAAUUUUUAUUUUAUUUUUAAAUAAAACCAAGUAACUAGAUGUCCGUCGUAAAAAAGUCCUCCUGUUCGAUUGCAGCGAA